UCUCCGCCCGAACCGCCGCGCGGCCGGAUCCGGUCAGCGCUGGCGUCACGCCCCACUCCGCCCUGCCCGGUGCCUGCCUAACCUAAUGCGGUCCGACGCGCGCCCCCACUCCCCCGCCCGAUCCAUCGCGCCCGCCUCGCUGACCUUGCGGUGGAAGGGGACGGAGGAGACGCGGCCUCCUCCCGGUUGCAGUCUCCCACUUUCCGCCGCUGCCCAUCCCUUUCUUUCUCCCCGCGAGCCGAUUCCUACUAAGCCGCAGAGAGAAACAGAGGCACCCCUUCUCUUUGCGCAUUUUGCUAGCUCGGAUCCUGCCGCUCCCGGCCACCAAGCCAUCCUCUUCUCUCUAGGCCUCGACUGUUCUUGAGUCCCCUGAUCACCAGCCCGGUCGCCCCUUUCGCUUGCUUGUUUAGGAAUCCUUGCCGUAGCCAGCCCCCUCCUUGUUCCGAGCAAUUUCUGCUCAAACACGCGACCUGUUGGCUCAUAAACAGUGAAAAAAACCCGACCUUUUCGGAGUAGCAAGCUUUCAUCUCCCCAAAUUUUCUUCUUUUGGUCAAUCUUUUCCGGGCUUCCAGGUUUCAGCACCAGAAAGCCCCUUUUACCGAUCUUUCUGUCCGAUCACUGCAGUUUAAGCUUCAAGAAGCUCCUUUUGAGAAAAUCCAGUAUUUGGUCAGCUGUUGAGCUCAAGCAGUAGCUUCAGUAAAGAUCCCCAUGUCAAGAGCUCCUUCGAAACCGUUGCUAAGGGCCUAGCUAUCCUUACUCCAAUUUGGCCUGCUCGUGCUGCGAAAUUUCGGUUCGUUUUGGGCUUCCGCGCCAUGGACGGCCUCCCCGACGCGGACGCGGCGCCGUUGGCGGCCGCGCCGCCGCAGAAGCGCGACGAGUGGAGCGAGAGCGGCAUCGUGCGGCUGCUCGAGGCCUACGAAGCCAAGUGGCUGUUGCGGAACCGCGCCAAGCUCAAGUGGAGCGACUGGGUCGACAUCGCCCGCGAGGUGUCCGCGCAUUGCGCCGAGGACGCUGCGGCCACGGGGAAGCCCGGCGGCAACAGCGCCAAGACCCCCAACCAGUGCAAGAACAAGAUCGAGUCGAUGAAGAAGCGGUACCGGGCGGAGUCCGCUGCCGUGGCGCGCGCAGGCCCCGCCGCUGCUGGUUCGUCGUGGCGGUUCUUUGUCCGCAUGGACGGGCUGCUCAAAGGGCCGGCCGGCUGUUCCGGUCUGGUGCAACAGACAGAGUUGAGUAACAGUAUUGACCUGCGAGCUCCGGCGAAAGCAGAGGCCGAGGUCGAAGCAGAUUUCGCCGCGCAGUUGCCGGACGCAGGCCCAUGUGCUUUCUCUGAUCUGAUGAACAUAGAUGACAAUGGCUCUGUCCCGGAGAAAGCGGAGAAGGUUGGCAACAGCGUACAGAAGGAGAGCAGGGCUGCAGAGAGCGACGCCAACGUGAGCUCUCCGCGGAGUAAGGUGGCGAACGAGGACGUCGAGGAGGAGGACAAGGUCUGUGACCUGCCCAAGAAGAGGAAGAGCACGGAGUUUGAUAUAGCGAAGAGCAUCGAGUUGCUGGCUAGCUCGUUCUUGAAGAUUGAGCACGCCAAAAUGGAGAUGUUCAGGGAGACAGAGAGGAUGAGGGUUGAAGCUGAGAUUAAGAAGGGGGAGAUGGAGCUCAAGAGAACAGAGAUCAUGGCCAAAACGCAGUUGCAGAUUGCUAAGCUUUUUGCAAAGAGAUUAAAGGAGUGCAGUGGCAAGACUGGUGGUAGUUCGUCAGUAACUGCUGAAGUGGACACCCGUACCAAGAAAGGCGAGAAUGGUUCAGGAUAAUGGACUUCGCGUGGCAGCUGAUUCUCUCCUAGAAGCAGGUCGUUAGUUCUCCUUGGUAUUGCACUGUUCCUGUGCACCAAAUGUAUGUGUUUGAUUGAUCCAAGUUCACCGUGCGUGAAGAAAUAGUUAGCUGUAAAAUUAAAAUGCAAUAAUGGACGCAAAUAUAUGAUUGUUUCCCCCUUAGUGGGAUUACAGAAGCAAUUUUGGAAUCAA